CGGUACAUACGGGUCAUUCACGACCCUGCCCGCUGCUCCUCCGCCACCUUCCCCCGGACAGAGGAGUCUCUCGGCCGCUGGUAGUGUUUAUACGUCACGAUGGAUCCGCUGGUCGCUGCAAUUGACCAGGGCACGAGCUCUACGAGGUUUCUGGUGUUCAAUGCAAAAACCGCUGAGCUGGUGAGUCACCACCAAGUGGAGAUCCAGCAGAGCUUCCCCAAGGAGGGCUGGGUGGAGGAGGACCCCAAGGAGAUCAUGCAGUCGGUGUACGAGUGCAUGGAGAGGACUUGUGAGAAACUCCAGCAGCUCGACAUCGACCUGUCCAACAUAAAAGCGGUGGGGGUGACGAAUCAGAGAGAGACGACGCUGGUUUGGGACAAGGAGACUGGGGAGCCACUCUACAACGCCAUAGUCUGGCUGGACCUGCGCACACAGUCCACAGUGGAGAGUCUCAUCAACAAAGCUCCGGGUCAGAACAAGAACCACCUCAAGCCCAAGACGGGCCUCCCCAUCAGCCCCUACUUCAGCGCCGUGAAGCUGCGCUGGCUGCUGGACAACGUGGAGGAGGUGCGCCUGGCCGUGCGCAGUCAGAGAGCCAUGUUUGGCACCGUGGACUCCUGGAUCAUCUGGUGCCUGACGGGGGGCCAGAACGGGGGGGUGCACUGCACAGACGUCUCCAACGCCAGUCGCACCAUGCUCUUCAACAUUCACAGCCUGGACUGGGAUCCGGAGCUCUGCAGGUACUUUGACAUCCCGAUGGAAAUCCUCCCCGAAGUCCGAAGCUCCUCUGAGAUAUACGGCGUGAUGAAAUCCUGCUCUCUGGCAGGGGUCCCCAUCUCGGGGUGUCUCGGCGACCAGUCGGCGGCUCUGGUUGGUCAGAUGUGCUUCCAGGAAGGCCAGGCCAAAAACACGUACGGGACCGGCUGCUUCCUGCUCAGAAACACAGGCACCAAGCCUCUGAUGUCGGACCACGGCCUGCUGACCACCGUCGCCUACAAACUGGGCAAAAACGAGCCCGCCUGCUAUGCACUGGAGGGCUCCGUGGCCAUUGCAGGAGCGGUGGUGCGGUGGCUGAAGGACAACCUGGGCAUCGUGCAGUCUUCUGCAGAGAUCGAGAAGCUGGCAGCUGCAGCCGGCACGUCUUACGGCUGCUACUUUGUGCCGGCCUUCUCCGGCCUCUACGCGCCAUACUGGGAGCCCAGUGCACGAGGUAUCAUCUGUGGGCUCACGCAGUUCACCAACAGGAACCACUUGGCUUUUGCUGCCCUCGAGGCCGUCUGCUUUCAGACCAGAGAGAUCCUUGACGCGAUGAACCAGGACAGUGGCCUCCCUCUGACGCAGCUGCAGGUGGAUGGAGGCAUGACCUCCAACAGGUUACUGAUGCAGCUGCAGGCUGACAUUCUCUGCAUCCCCGUAGUGAAACCCACCAUGUCAGAGACCACGGCGCUGGGCGUGGCCAUGGCGGCGGGGGCCGCAGAGGGGGUGGGCGUGUGGAGCCUGAGCCCCAGUGACCUACCACACGCCACGUCUGAGAAAUACCAGCCUCAGAUCCACUGUGACGAGAGCGAGUUCCGCUUUGCUCGCUGGAAGAAGGCCGUCCAGAGAUCCAUGAACUGGGAGACCACAGAGCCGUGCUGCAAUGCCAACGGUUUAGGAGAGAAGAUGAAUGGCGCCCCCUGGGGGGCUCCGCCCACUCCUCCCCCCACCAGAGCAGGCCCCUAAGAUCCCCACAUGUAACUGGUUCCAGGCCUUCAUGGGAAUAUGGAAACCUGUGGAGCACGACUGGAGGAUGUGAUGCUCAUCUUUCCAGCAGUUGUGAUGAAACGGUGACAAGCUCAUCAACUUCAUGAGUCCCAUCAAGCAGCUGUUGGCGCCAGUGUCCUUUCCUCCAGCCUGACUCACUGUUCUCUAUUGCACUAGUAUUGCAUCUCACUAACAGGGAUUCUGCAGUUUGUAAAUGGUUUUGUGCAGUUUGAUACAAUUGUAACUGGAAUGUAUGAGAUUAGUUGGACUAAUUCUGCUUUUUAAAAGCUGCUGCAUACUGUACAUCAUGUUAAAGUGGGGUUUUGAGGACAGUGUUUCUAUUGAUCACUUACCUCGGUGCAGACUGAAGGGACUCCCCGUACAUUCCAUUAAGGGCACUGCUCAGACCUGAGACCCUCACAUUCACUGAUCUGAAGAUCUUAACUAAUUUAGAAUAAAGACAAGUGAAAUGAUGUGACAGUUGAGGUUUGUUAAUAUUCUGUUUAUUGUAUACAUCCGAGGACUGAUUUACUCGGAUCCUCUGUCAGGCUGACGGGAGUCCUUCAACUCCGGACUGUGUAGAGAAAUUAUGUAGAAUAAAAACUUGCACAUGA